CAGUACUUUCGUGAUUAAUUAAACCUGAAACAGCUGUUUUAUCAUAAUUAAUACGCAAUUUUACUGCUUUUAACCAUUUAUUUUAGUUUAUAUUUCCUCCUGUCUUCUGAAAUCUAUACGGAAGAGAACAGCGUGAAUCAUUUAUAAAACUACGCAAUCUAUUACGUGUGAAGGAAAAAUGUCCAUGGACAAAAAAUAAAGAAACAUAUGAAAAAUGAAUACAAAUGAGCAACAAAGUAGAAUUGAGGCGAAAGUUUUAUUUUAAAUGUUUUUUGGAUAUGUCCAUAGUGAAUUGGAACGCCCACCAAAUAACCUCUGUUGGAUACAGCAUAAUUAUGAUGUAAUGCAUUAAUGUAUCAUAUAUCAUUUGAACAACAACCCGUAUCAAAAUCCUGGGUCAGGUUAAAAAAAAAAUAGAUAAAAUCAGGCAUGGCCAUCAAAUAUCGAUAAUAGGCCGAAAAAUAAUUUUAUUAAAUAGUUAUUGACAACAUAUGAGAGGAGGCUAUUAAUUGUUUCAAAUAUGUUCUAUAAAUAACCUACCAUUAAGACUCGCAUUGAAGAGAAAUGUAUAGAAAUGUUUUUCAAAAGGGACUGGUCACCGUCUUCUACAGCUGUGGGAGCAAGCCUUUGGCCGAAUGGAGGCAGUAUAUCAAAACUGGAUUCUUGAGGCGCAUCACAGACGAACACAUCAGGUCCCUUGUCUUGGAGAUAAUGAGUGUAAAUAUCGUGAAUACCUACAUCACCUCUCCUCCGGAUCCCAACGAUUCUCUUGGAAUCAAACUGCCAUUUCUAGUCAUGAUAUUGAAAAACCUCGCUAAAUAUUUUUCUUUUGAAAUAAUGAUAGUUGACGACAGAGAUAUGAAAAGGCGGUUCCGAGUCUCUAACUACCAAAGCAAAUCAAGAAUCGGACCUUUUUGUUGUAACAUGCCGAUUGGAUUGAACCCCGGAUGGAAUCAGGUACAAUUCAACCUGGCGGAAUUCACCAGGCAGGCCUACGGAACAAGCUACGUGGAGACGAUGCGCCUCACAAUACACGCCAACUGCAGGCUGAGGAGGGUCUAUUUCUCCGAGAGACUCUUCGAAGAUGACGAACUGCCCCAGGAUUUCAAGCUCUACCGCCCAGAAUGAACAAGAUGCGGUCUGUUCAGAGGCUGCUCGGUGUAGUAUAUAUGUAAACUGUUGUGCAUCAUAAUACAUCAAUUAAUGACUAAUCGAAAGAGAUGAUUAAUUUCAAUAUUAUAAAUAUAGAUCCACAUCAUCAGUAUACUAAAAGAGAACAUUUCGUCAUAUUGUCGGUUGUAAAAACAUUUUUAUUAUUUAAUGAAUUUGAGGCCAACAGUCGCAAGCAAUUCAUUCAGGAGACUAACCAUAUCGUUAGUAGACAUUCAAGUCAC